ACCUUGCACUUCAAAUUAAACAUGAGCUCUAUGGAGAAUCAGAAGUGGAGUAUCCUUCUUCUUUUCUCAUGGAUUUUCAUGGUCACCGCCAUGGGAGGUGAAGGCAGAACAACAUUAAUCCCGGUGAACGUGGGAGUUAUCGUAGACCUUGACGAAUCGGCUGGGAAAAUGUAUCUGAGUUGUAUCGAAAUGGCGCUCUCAGAUUUCUAUGCUUCCAAUGCUCACUACAAGACUAGGGUCGUUUUGAACACCAGGAACUCCAAUGGAAAUGUGGUUGGUGCAGCUGCCGCAGCUUUAGAUCUGAUAAAGAAUGUCGAAGUGAAAGCCAUCCUAGGACCGGUGUCGUCAAUGCAGGCAAGCUUCGUUGUUAAUCUUGGAGAGCAAGCUCAUGUACCCAUCAUUACAUUUUCUGCAACCAGCCCUUCUCUUACUUCACUUCAGAGUCCUUAUUUUUUUCGAUUUGCACAAAAUGACUUGAACCAAGUGAAAGCUAUAAGUGCUAUUGUUCAAAACUUUGGAUGGAGACAGGUCGUGCCCAUCUACGUAGACGAUAUGUACGGGGAAGGAGUCAUACCUUUUUUAAUUGAUGCUUUGCAAGAGGUUGAUGCUCAUGUUCCCCAUAGAAGUGCAAUUCAUGAAUUAGCCUCUGAUGACGAAAUUGAAAAGGAGCUUUACAAGUUGAUGAUGAUGCAGACUCGAGUAUUCAUUGUGCAUAUGAAGCCUGCUCUUUCGUCUCGGCUUUUUGCAAAGGCGAAAGAGAUAGGAAUGAUGGAGGAGGGUUUUGUUUGGAUCACGACUAAUAGUAUUGGAAAUAAUAUAAAGUCUAUGGUUUCAGACCUUAAUUCGAUGCAAGGCCUGUUAGGUGUAGAAAGUUACAUUCCAAGGACAACGAAGCUUAGCAAAUUUAUAUCAAGGUGGAAAAGACAGUUCCAACAAGACAAUCCGAAAAACAUUGAUGUCCAGUUAGAUGCUUUUGGAUUGCGGGCAUAUGACGCCGUUUUUGCAGUAGCCAUGGCAAUUGAAAAGGUUGCCGGUCUACGUUUCAUCUUCCAAAAGAGGAUUAAUGCUUCUUCCUUCAAAUCAACAGAUCUUGAUACCUUUGAGGUCUCUCAUCAUGGUUCAAAACUUGCCCGUGCAUUAUCUAUUACUAGUUUCAAAGGUAUGGCUGGAAAUUUUAAUCUGGUUGAUAAGCAACUUAACGUAUCAGCUUUCAGAAUUAUAAAUGUGAAUGGUGAUGGACCAAGAACAGUUGGAUAUUGGACACCGGAAGCUGGAAGGGUUGUAAAGCGGUUGAGUUCUAGAAGUAGUAGAAUAUCAACUCCCUUUUGCGAUCUUAGACCUAUAAUAUGGCCUGGAGAGUCGCUAUCGGUUCCUAAAGGAUGGGAUAUCCCGGCAAACGGUACCAAGUUGAGAAUAGGAGUUCCUGUGAAGGAUGGUUUUCUAGAGUUUGUUAGAGUGAUCCGAAAUGCAAGCAAUAAUACAGUGGAUGUCAUCGGGUUUAGUAUUGACGUUUUCAAGGCCGUAGUGGAUAUCCUACCAUAUUCACUACCAUACGAGUUAAUUCCCUUUGCAAAGGCUAAUGGAAGCAGCGCUGGCACAUACAAUGAUUUGGUGUAUCAAGUACAUACUGGGUUUUUUGAUGCUGUGGUUGGAGAUGCAACAAUUAGAGCAGAUAGGUCAUUGUAUGCAGGUUUUACUAUGCCAUAUACCGAGUCUGGUGUAGUGAUGGUUGUGCCUGUACAAGACAAAAGGACUAAAAGUGCAUGGGUCUUCUUGAAGCCAUUGACAUGGGACCUUUGGAUGACGACUCUGGGCUUUUUCAUCUUUAUAGGGUUUGUAAUUUGGGUUCUUGAACAUCGAGUUAAUGACGAUUUUCGUGGUUCUCCAUCGAAUCAAAUUGGCACAAGCUUCUGGUUUUCUUUCUCAACCAUGGUUUUCUCACAAAGGGAGAAAGUGGUCAGUAACUUGGCAAGAUUUGUGAUGAUUAUAUGGAUAUUUGUUGUGCUAAUAGUGACACAGAGCUACACAGCUAGUUUGGCAUCACUGUUGACGAUUCAACAACUCCAACCAACUGUCACCGAUAUAUAUGAUCUUCUGAGGAAUGGUGAAACUGUGGGCUAUAUGACGAGUUCUUAUAUACAUAAAAUUUUGAUAGAUAAAGGAUUUCAUGCUGACAAGCUGAAAGGUUAUGAAUAUAUGGAAGAAAUAGAUGUAGCUCUUUCGAAGGGGAGUGGAAAUGGCGGGAUUGCGGCUAUGUUUCAUGAAACCCCCUAUAUGAAGCUUUUUAUUGCAAAAUAUUGUUCCAAAUAUACCAUGAUUGGACCUAUAUUUAGAACUGAUGGCUUUGCGUUCGUAUUUCCGAAAGGCUCUCCUCUUAUACCGGAUGUUUCACAAGCAAUCCUCAGAUUGACAGAAGAAGAGACGAUAACGAAGCUUGAAGACAAAUGGAUCAGAAAAGAAAACAAUUGCAAAGAUCCGGGCACCGAGAAACUGCAUAGUAGUAGUCUUGGCCUUGAGAGCUUUUGGAUCCUAUUUCUCAUUGCUGGGAUAGCUUCAAUAUUAGCUCUUCUCAUAUUUGCAGCUUCCUUCCUUCACAAGCAUAAGCAAGUUUUGAUGUCUUCUGAUUCAAUAGAUUCCAAGUGGAAACGGACCAAGACCAUUUUCAAGAUUUUCGAUGACAAAGAAGUUGGCUCUCAUACUUUUAAAAGCAGUAGACAUAAUGAAGCCAGGAUAACUGGUGCUGCAGAUCAUGAUGUGAUUGCCUCACCAAAUAAUAACUGGCCUGAAAGUCCAUUCAGUUACACCAACCAAACGGAUGCAACGUCUUCAUUCUGUGGAGACCAAGAAACUUCAUCUCACGGUCAAGCAUCUCCCGAAAUCGUUCCAACUGUUGAGCUUGCUUUCACUGAUCAAGAAAUGCAAGCAACUCCUCACAUAGCUCAAUAAAGAGUUUGAAGCUAGAUAGGAAGUAUGUAUAUUUAUCUAUCUAUGUAAAUAAUCAUGUACACUAGUGAUAGCUAUAGAUAUUGACCAGUCAUCCGCCCUUAAGUCACAGCUUCCGCGGGCAACUAAGUUUAAUUUUAUUCCAAUUUCGGCUAUGGUUUUUUCCGGCCAAUUUA